AUGAAAAUACGAACUGACAAUGACCAGCAGCAGCAACGCGCGGCUCAGGACAGUUUGAAAAACAUACAGGACAUAACGGACAUAACGGACAACGAGUCCGAUGCACCUAAUACCGAUCAGAUUAUCGAAGAUUGGUAUUCGGAUGACGAGGACGAUGAUGAUGAUGACGAGGAAGGUAAUCUUACUAUAGUGGAUAGUUCGAAAGACGAAAUCGAGCCUAUCGAGAAGACGCAAAACCUCGUUAUCAAGGAGGAGUCCCAGCCUGCGACAUCCGUGUCCAACGUACCCCAGCCGGCCGCCAUUGUGGACAAAUUAGGUGACCUGAGCAGAAUUGAUAUCAGUGCCGAAGUAUCCAAAUUGCUUUCUACUCUGAAGGCUCAGAACUCCGCCACUAUCAAGACGCAAGCAAACUCGAAUCAAGACGCGUCGAAAGCUAAAUCGGCGCAAGAUCCGAAGACGGAUAGCGAGACGUCGUCGAAAAUGGAUGAUUUCGAUUUGUUGUUAAUUGCUCUGGUCAACAUGGGAGCACUUUUGGUGCAACGUCGUAGAAAUCAUGAACGUCAUCGUCGCCGCCGGCGUGUCUGGGUACGACCAAUUAACACAAGGAGAAGACAGCAAGGAGCGUUUUACAAUCUUUUUCAGGAGAUGAAAACAGAUGAGCAAAUGUUCCACAAGUAUACACGUAUGACACUGCCAACAUUCCAGCACUUGAUGGACAUUGUUAAUCCAAGUUUAAUGAAACAAAGUCCACGGGCACUUGAACCAGAGCAAAGAGUUGCUUUUACAUUGCGAUUUCUGAUUGGAGACAAAGUUCCAGCAGUUGCUUUUGCCUAUCGUGUUGGUUUAUCAACAGUACAUAAAAUAAUUAAAGAGACGUGUGACGUAUUUGGAAGACUUCUUGGUCCUAUCUAUCUACGAGCUCCUUCAAGAGAAGAAUAUUUACAAAUUGCUGAGGGUUUUUGGACAUUAUGGAAUUUUCCACAUUGCUUGGGGGCAAUUGAUGGAAAACAUGUCGAUGCUCAAUGCCCCCCUAAUUCUGGUACGCUGUACUUCAAUUAUCACAAACGAUACAGCAUCGUACUUUUGGCUGUGUGUGAUCACAAUUAUCAAUUCACUUUGGUGGAUAUUGGGUCAAUGGGGAAGAACAGUGAUGCGGGAAUUUAUGGGAACAGCGAUUUGAAUGUGACGAAUGAGAUGCUGGAUAUUCCAGAAGGAACCAGUUGCUUAAGCGGAACCGAUAUACAAGUGCCUUAUUUUUUUAUUGGGGAUGAAGCAUUUCCCAUUGGAAAGCAUUUGAUGCGGCCAUAUGCUGGACGGUAUUUGGGGGAACGCAAAAACAUAUUUAAUUAUAGACUUUUGCGAGCCCGGCGUAUAAUAGAAAAUACAUUUGGGAUUUUGGCAAAAAAGUGGGGUAUAUAUAACAGACCGAUCGCUGCGAUUCCUGAAAAUAUCAAUAAAUAUAUUUUGGCAACUGUAUGUUUGCACAAUUUCUUAAGAAACAAAGAAGGUAAUAUUUUACAAUUUGAAAACAAUGAUAAAAUUAUUGAAAAUAACGAAAAUGGUGCAGCAUUUGCGAUGCACAUUAGGGACUCUCUUUGCAAUUAUUUUAUGACUCCAAAUGGAAUGGUCAAUUGGCAGCAUGAUUAUGUAACGAGAGAACAAAAUCAAGACUUUAUCUACACGUAA